UAUCCUUAACAAGCGUAUCUAUAAUGAUAUAACAAUAAAAAUGUAAAUAUAAGAGUAUCAUAAAAUGUUGAGUUGAGAUAAUGUAGAUAUCAAUAAUUUUGAACUUAGAUUACGUUGUAAUAGCUAAAUUAUUUCCGUUAUAUUUAAAAUUCGAGAUUCUUGGAUUUAUUUGACUAUAGUAGUACAAGUGUAAUCCUUAAUAAGAUUUAUAUUUAAUUUAAAAAAUUUUUUUUCUUCAAUAAUUUCUAAAUAAAAAAUUAUUUCUUAUUUUCAAAAUCAAAAAUGAUAGUUCCUAAAUAUCUAUUUUAAUAGUAAUAAAGUACUUCAAUAGCAAAAGUUUAUACAUGUUUUUGUUGGAACGAUGAUAAAUUUGUUAUGUUUCCAUACGUACAAGAAAAAUAUACAUCUUUGCUGCCAGUUUUGAUUGCACCGAGACAAAUAAAAGCUAUACAAUGCUUUUCCAAUAGAGUUUUCUUUACAUGUUUACCACAUGGUGUAUAUAAACUUUCAAGAGAUGGAAGAUUCAGUGUAUUAAGUAAAAGUGCUAUAAGUAUUGGUUCCAUAUUUUUUGAGAUACUUAAGACAAAGGAUGAUCACUUAUAUUUGGAAAAUAAACAGAACAAAUCGAGUAAAAUAUUACUCCAUUUGCCACUCAUGUCAAAACAACUAGAAGAAUUAUGUACUUUUCCUUUGAACAUGGAAAAUUCAGAAGAUGAAUUUAGAAACAUAUUACUAGAUGAAAUUGAUAUGGUAGAUAAUUUAUGUUUGAUUGGUAAUGGUAAAAAGUUAUUUACUUUAACAAAAGAAGUAAUUCAUUUAAUUCAUAGUUGUGAUAAUAAAAUAAUAAACAUUGUACCUAUACAAAAUGACAAAAAGAUUAAUGGAUUAGUACUUAUAACAAAUACAGAUGCAAUUAUCAUUGUGCAUUCAAAAAAUAAUAUAUUACGGUAUAAAAAACUUUAUCUAGGAGUAAAUGUUAAAACCCUUUGCGCAGGACUUAAUCACCAAUGUAGCGAUAAAAUAUGGAUUGUUUAUUCCGAUGGAUCCAAAUUGUAUUACAUGAUAAUGACACUUUCUACCGAAAUAUAUAAAAAAGUAAAAAUAGAAGAAAAAAAUCUUAUUUGCGUGCAAUAUUAUGAAAGAGAUAAAUUUGUAGGUCUAACUAAAACAAAAGAACUUCAUGAAUUAUCCAUUAAUACAAUAGAAAAUUGUGUAAAUGAAGAAAUUUCUAAAGAUGAUUUUAUAAAUCUUCAUAAAGAUAUGUUAAAAGGUACAGAUUUAAUUGUUGAACAAAUCUAUGAAAGAGCAAAAGAAUUAGAAUUGUGGAAUAAAAUACUUCUUGCUGAAGAAGAUAAACUUUAUAGAAUAAAUCUUUAUGCUUGCAGAAAGAAAAUACAAAUGUAUCCUAAAAUGACAGUAUAUAGAAUAGCAAAACAAUUAUUUCUUAAUAUAGAUUUUCAAGAAAAUUUACCAAAAAAUGUUUAUAUUGUUUGUUUCUUAGUAUCCAAUAAUGAAACAACUUUCUCUAUCAAAGAAAUAGUAAAUAAUGAAACUUCAAUCGAUUUACCUAUAGUAACAAAAAAAUUAUUUAAUUCUUUACAAAUCAGAAUGGAUUUAGUAACAAUCAUAAACAUAGAGCAACCAUGGUUUCUUAUAAGAGAUUUUGUAACAGAUCCAGUUAUAGAGAAUAAAAAGAAACUAAAAGAAAAGCAAAUUAAGAGAGAUAAAACAAAUUUUAUAAAUGCUAAAAUAAAUCUUAUAAGGAAUUUAAUGUUGACAAAAAACUUAACUAUGAAGAAAUUAUCAGAGACGAAAAAGAAGAUAAGAAAAGAAAUAUGUGACUUUUAAUUUAAUAAUAACUGGGCAUUUCUAUUAUACUUCCAAUACUGCAACUGGAACUCUUUGGUUGUUUCACAGAAUUUCUAAAACUAUUUUGUAUUCUGGGACCACCAAGUCGAUCUUGAAGUGUAUCUAAUGAUUUAGCACUUUUCUUCGAACCAUUAGCACUACGAUCUUCUUGUUCGUCGUUUUUAUUGGAACGACGUUGUAGAAUUUUGGUAACACAGAUUUUAAAGUUUUCUGAGAAUAUACCAUAAAGAAUAGGAUUGACCACUGUAUUCAAUUGAGCUGUAAUAAGUGCCCAAAUGAAAUGAUGCGAUCUCAUGAAAAAAUCAGUUUGUUUAGGUGGUCUCUGAGCAUCAAUGAAAAGCAAGAGAGCGAUGAUCGUUAUUGGCAACCACAUAACUAAAACGGCGACUACGUUUAAUAAUAAAAUCCGCAUGACACGUAUAUGCUUGUGAAGACGGACUUCCUCGUGUUGUGACAUACUACCAGUUCUACCAGUACGUUCUAUAACUGAUGAUGUAGAUAAUUUUCUUCCAACCCAUGGUAUUAAUGAUCCUACCACCGAUAAUUCCGAAUCUCUUCUGUUUCCUUUACCAGUAGUUAAGUCCUACAAGAUAUAAAAUUUAUCAAAUUAAAUUAAAAAGAUUUAGCAAUUUGUUAAGACUUAAUAUACCAACCUGAGCUACACAAGGUACAGCCCAUCUAUCUCGCGUAUUAAGAAUCUUUUUAAAUAUCUGUUGAUAGUGAUACACCAAAAGACUCAUUGGUAACAGACAAGUAAACGUGAGUGUUACUAUAGUAAAAAUAAGUGAUAUUUUUACCAUUGAUUUUUGUGGAAAGACAAGAGUACAUAUUUUAACACCACCCGAGACUGCCUGUAAUAAUUAAACGAAAAUACAACUUCAAUAUAGUUUUUAUAUAAGUAUAAUAAUUGGACAAUAAUACGAUAAUAUAAUCGGACAUUUACCCUUGGCUUAAACCAAAUUGUAACAGGAAGAAAGACAAAAAAAGCGACGAUCCAUGUUGUUAAACAAAUAAACAGCACUCUUUGAUUAGUUAGGAUGCUUCUAUAUGGUGCUACUGCUAAACAUUUGUGCCUGUCUAUUGAUAUAACUGUGAGCGUCCAUAAAAGUACGAAGCCACAUACAUACUGAAAUAAAACAAAAGAAAGCAAAGAUUGAUAUUAAAUCAAUUUUAAUUAUCAAUAUUAUCAGCCUUAGUUUCGUGUUGUUAAAUGUCAUCUAGCGGAAUUAGAUUUCAAAAUAGGAACAUUACUUUCGUUAUACACACGUUAGCGGCUACGAAUGAGUAUUUAUAGUCACCCUUCAUGAACAGGUGUGACCUUGAUCUGUAAGGGUGAGAGGUGUAUUGUGUCACAGUAAUACACCUCUCGUCUGCCAACUAAAAAUAUACUUCUACAUAUAGUUACUGUUAAUUUCAACUUACAUAAAAAAAUGACACGUUAAACUUUCAUUAUUAUUAUUUUAAUUCUUACUGUAGCAUCGAGCGUAUUUUAUUCUACUCGUUAAAAAAAUAAAAAAUUUGUAUAUAUAAAAAAUGUUAUGUUUAAGAGAAUUGACAUUUUUAUGUUUAGAUAAUUAUAAGAUUAGAUAAUUAAGUCUAAAAAAGGAUUAAAAUUUUGAUAAUUUAGAGAAUUAAAUUAUUAAAUGAGAGAGAAAGAGAAAGAGAGAAAAAUUUUCUAAAUGAAUGAAAAUAAGUAUAACGAUUUUUGAUAUGUCUUUCUUAAAAAUGUAAUAUAUGAUGCUAAAAAACAAAUAAAAUCACAUUUUACUUUUCACAGGAGCAUUGACUCUUGCGAUUCUUAUCAUUGUAGUGACAAGAAGAGAUUUGUGAGCAAUGAUAAUAGCAGAUAGGGAGAAAAGAAGUAGAAUUACCUCGGAAUAUGGUAAUAAUGCGCAAACUACGUCACCGAGUUCCCAAGAUUGCGUCAAUCUGGUGUAAGCAACCACUGGGAUACCAAGAGCAAACAAUAGAUCCGCUGCAGCCAAGUUCACUAGGCACAAGUUCGUGGGCGUUCUAAUCUCCUUGUACCUGAGCACGCAAACGGCCAUUCCAACAUUGACAAUGAUCGCUGCGAAGAACGUAAUAAGAAGUACUGUCACCUGAAGAAUGAAAAAAAAAAACUCCCUUUUUUUUUGUUUUCCUAUUUACUAGUUCGAUAUGGAUCAAAUGAAUUUUUAGUAAUAUUUAUUUUAUAUAUUUUUAUCCUAUAUCGUACCUCUACAACAGCUGCUUCAUACCUUUCACCGAACUGACUAUAAUAAGAAAAAUGAUAUUUGCUGCCAUAUUCGUUCUUCCCCCAUCGGUAGGACGAAUUCAUGUUUGUCUUUUUUUCCUCCUUCUCUCUUUCUCUUGUCAAAUUUUCUUGAUACCUACUACAUCUGUCAUUCUUUUUGUAGAACAAUCUAUCUUCAUAAUUUACAAAAGAUUUUUUCCAUCUAUGCUGCAAUAAAUGAAGAAGAGAAAAAAUGAAAAAAGAAAUAUAUUUGUCAUUAAUUAACAAUCUAUCAAGUUCAUCAAUUAGGUUCAUUUUCGAAGCUUAUCAAUAUGCAAGCUUGCAAGAAGAGGGUUCUCGAUGAAAGACUUUUUUAUUGGCCUUCGAGGUAUUUUUAAAAGUAAUUACUCUUAAAUCCAUGAGAUGAAAGCUCGACCUUCGAACUAAAUAUCUACAAUAGAGAAAAAAAGACAAGAUGUCUACCAUCAGGGUCAUGGUUUAUCUGAAGAAGCUAUACCACGUCCUUCCAAUUUACUAUGCUUUCGUUCUAAGCUUAUUAAGUUAUUAUUAGAUACUAACACGCGACAAUAUCUAUGUAUGCUUGACUUUACUUUUCUUAGACACUACGAUGUAUUCUCUUGGUGUUCUAUUUACGAGUUUAUAUAUUGCAAACAUUUAUUUUACCUAUCGGU